CUCUCCUCCCUCAUCUCGCCCUUGGCUGGCGCAACACGGCGUCACCUCCAGCUCGCGGUGCACGCAGCGCUCCCUCGUCUUGCCUGCCUUGUGUGCCCUCGCCAUUCCGACUUCCUCGCGUCUCCGCGCGCUCUUGCCGACCGCGCUCCUUCGACGGCCCGGCCUGCUGCUUGCGGCCACCGGGCGACGAGGCACCUUGCCGCUCGCCGCUCCUGCCGCAGCGGGCAUGAGUGCGUCCACGCGCGCGACCAAGCGCAGCGCAGCCGCAGGCGAGAGCAGUGCCGAGGACGAGCCCAUCCAGCUCGUCGCCAGCCGCGCCAAGAAGCUAAAGUCCGCUGCAGCGAAGCCAGCAGCGGCGAUGCCAGCGGCUGAUGCGCCGGCAGGGAGCGCCAAGCCAGCUCCGUCGCUGCGCAAGUUGGCGCCCAUCUUCACGCCGCGCGCUGCGUCAGGCGCGUCCGCCGAGGCGUCAGGAAGCACCACCAGCAGCGGCUCCGCACGCGUAGUCUGGCGGGCGCCGCUGCGCUUCCGCGGCAAGCCGGGCUGCCUGCUGGGCGUGUGUGGUGCGCCAUUUGCUGCUGCCGUGGAGAAGACGCUGGCAUUGCCGGAGAACGAGAGAGAGCAGACGAUCAAGGUGGCUGCGUUCGAUCUGGACGGCACGCUCGUCGUGCCGAAGCAGGGGACGUGGCCCUCGCCAAGCGAUCCGUACGACUACAAGCCCGUCUUCGCGAACGUCUACAAGCGAGUGCGCGAGGAGUACGAGUCGGGGUCCGUCAUCGUCAUCGUGUCGAACCAGAAGCAGACGACGCCGUACGACAUCUCGAAGCCCGCCAAGAAGGUGCUGACCUGGCAGCAGAAGAUUGCGCACAUCGCGCAGGCCAUCGGCUGCCCGAUGCUCGUGCUCGCCGCGCUGGCAGACGACCGCUUCCGCAAGCCCGCGCCGGGCAUGUGGGACGCCACGAUGCAGGAGCUCGAGGUGGCGGGCGGCAAGCGUGCCUGGGUCAAGGUCGGCGGCGACGGGAGUAGCUUCUACGUCGGUGACGCUGCUGGCCGGCCAGCGCGGGGCCGCAUCGCGAAGGAUCACAACGACACGGACCGCAAGUGGGCCGACAACCUCGGCCUGCCCUUUUUUACGCCCGAGCAGUGGUUUCAGGGCGGCGACGCGGAGGACUACAAACUGAAGGGCUGGCGUCUCUCUUGGGCCAAAGAUGACGCAGAGCCAUCAAAGCCUGCGAUCGCUCCUGCAAGCUCUCCCGAGAUUCUGGUCUUCGUCGGUCCUCCGGCCUCCGGCAAGACCAGCUACUACCGCAAUCAUUUCGAGCCGGCCGGCUACGAGUGGAUCAAUCAGGACACGCUCGGCAAGCGCGACAAGUGCAUCGCCAAGGCCCGCGAGGCUCUCCAGAAGGGCAAGAGCGUCGUCAUUGGUGAGCGGCGCUCGUGUGCGCGUCUAUGUAUCCCGUCUGACGCACCCUCGUGUCUAUCAACAGACAACACGAACCGGGACAAGGCUACACGGGCGUUCUACGUUAAGCUAGCCGCCGAGCGCGGCGUUCCGAUCCGCUGCGCCUGGUUCGAGCUCAGCUCCGAACAGGUAGUACACAACAGCUACUAUCGCGCACACCACGACCUGGGCCACGAGCCAGAGCGCAACCUCAUCCCGGGCAUCGCCAUCGGCGCCUACUUCUCCGCGCUGCAGGUGCCCACGCAGGACGAGGGCUUUGCAGAGCCGCCGGCCGUCGUCAAGUUUCGCUUCCAGGGCGACGCGGCGGCGCGCGAAGCCUACUCAAAGUGGUGGCAGUGACGCCGAGCAGGGUAGAUUAGGGAUAGAUGCAUUGCUACGGACUGCGCCGUCAAGGCGAGGAGCGGGCAUGUGUGACACGAGGGCGGCGGCGCUCAGAUCUCGCGCGCCCAGACGAGCCCGUCGGUGCGGCGCAGCAGCUGCGGCUCGUCGUCGUCGACAAAGUCGCGCGCGAAGAGGUCCUUGAAGGAGCUGCUCAUGCCGAUCUUGGACUGCAGGGUAGGCGGUAUCAGCAAGGCACAAGCGGACUGCGC